AACGGUAGAAAGUGAGAAACUUCACUCUCUUCAGUCAACACUCACUCACUGCCCCAAUUCGACUGAGUGACUACCUUUUGGUCUGCCAUUACUGUACCUUGUCUCCUCCACCAUGACCCUCUUAUCCUUCACCCCCUCUCGCCACCUCAACCCCACCACCACUUGCUUCUCUAUCCUACGCCCUCCCCCCCUCAUCAACCCACUUUCCUCCUCCCUCUUCUUCUCCUCCCCCACCUCUUCCCCUCCAACACUUCCCAUCUACCGCCUCCCACGCCCCUCCCUCCCCCUCCUCUCCCCUCCACGCGCCGCCUCUUCUUCCGCCGUCGAUUUCCUCUUGCAUGAUGCUUCCGCCACCGCCCUCGUUCUCGCCGGCGCCUACACUCUCGUCCUCUGCUUCGAUUAUCUCACCAAGCGAAACGUCCUCCAACAGAGUCUGAGCAGAAAAUUGGUCCACAUAUCAUCUGGGUUGCUCUUCGUGCUUUCCUGGCCAAUUUUCAGCACAUCAACAGAAGCUCGCUACUUUGCCACUGUGGUUCCUCUCUUUAAUGGCUUGAGGCUUCUUCUUAGCGGCCUCUCCUUGGUGCCCAAUGAAGGAUUAGUCAAAUCGGUCACUCGUGAAGGAAACCCAAAGGAAUUGCUUAGGGGACCCUUGUAUUAUGUUCUGAUACUGAUUGUAUGCGCUCUAGUGUUUUGGCGUGAGUCUCCGGUUGGAGUGAUCUCCUUAGCAAUGAUGUGUGGGGGUGAUGGUGUUGCUGAUAUCAUGGGUAGAAGAUUUGGGUCCAUAAAGAUCCCCUAUAAUCAAAAGAAGAGUUGGGCUGGGAGCAUUUCCAUGUUCGUCUUUGGGUCCUUGGUUUCCCUUGCGAUGCUCUACUAUUACUCGUGUUUAGGAUAUUUCAAUUUGGAUUGGGCGAAGACGGUACAAAAGGUUGUAUUCGUUUCUUUGGUGGCUACAGCAGUAGAAUCCAUUCCAAUUACAGAGGUAGUGGAUGACAAUAUAUCUGUUCCGUUAGCAAGUAUGGCAGCCGCAUAUUUAAGUUUCUCUUUGUAGCUCCUCAUGCUCCAAAAUUUAUCCCCAACUCCUUUUAUUAUAUUUUGAGUUUCAUGAUCAGUUCAGCCCUCGUUUUAAUUAGCUUGUUGUCAUUAUUUUGACAUAUGAGAAUCGUUGGUUCUUGUUGUCUUUUUGGUUGAGAGAGAAUUGUUGGUUCAGCUGAUGAGACUUUGCCCAUCUAUGACCAUGCUUUCAUCAAUCAUGCCAUUCGUAAUGUUCAUGAUUCUUUAUUGAUGUUUUGAGAAGUGAAAUGCUAGUUCUAAAA